CGGAGUGCAGCUGCAGCCUGCAUCGGAUGCCUCGGGUCGGAUGUAUGUGACCAUGUGGGUCACACGGAACAUCCUAAUACGCGGAACCAGGAAAUGGAAUCGUCUGAGGUCUCUAUCAGAAAAGUAAAUGUGUGGAAGACUGGAAUGCCUCAGCAGUGCCUCAGAUUCAGCUUCACUUUCAUCGACGCCGAACAGCAGCAGUCAUCAGUCGUGUGAUAGGGAGGAAUAAAUGGAGAGUCAGCAGCUGAAGGAUCCACUGAAUAAAGUUUCAAUAAUCAAAGAUGAGCUGACUCGGAGCUCAAUGGAAGCCAGCGAAUCAGAGAAGGUGAUCCAGCACCUUAAUCAGGAACUGAAGGAGGCCCAUGAUCAGGCCAACGCUGGCAAGCAGAAGUGUGUGGAGCUGCAGGGACUUCUAGAGGAGGAGAAGCGGGCCAGCAAACAUCAGACAGAGGAGUCUGCAAAGCAGAUGAAGAUUCUUCAGACUCAGCUUCAGAAGCUGCAAGAUGAAAUGGAUAAUCUCAGAGACCAGAAGGACAGCACUGUAUUAAGUAUGCGGCAGGAUGCACAUGCAGCUCAAGAGGAAAUCAAGGUAUUGCGCCAAAGCAUGGAGAAGGCUGCAACUGAGCGGGACCAUGAGGUCAGCGCUCUAAAGGGGAAUCUGGCAACACUAACUACUGAGCUAGAGAAAUGGCAGUUGACUGCAAAUAAGUACGAGCGUGAGAUUGACAGCCUCCAGGCGAAUCACCAGCAACAGAGCCAGCAGAGAGACAAAGUUGCUAAACAGCAAGCCAGUGAGCUGGAGAAGCUGAAGCGUGACUGUGAAAGCCUGCAGAGGGAGUGUGCUUCUCUUCGGUCAGAAAGAGAGCAGUUGACUACACAGCAGCAGAAGGAGAAGAGCAGUCUGCAGAGCGAAUGCACAUCCCUGCGCUUUGAGAACGAUCAGAUUCUAAGGAAACUGCAGCAGCUGGAAAAAGAGCUAGACAGCUGUAAGAAGCAGAGUGCAGGUCUGAACAGCACAGCAGAGGCUCUGGAGAAGGCACGGUCUGACCUCGAGAAGAGUCUGAGUGCUGCACAGGAGGAGAACAAGAAAAACAGCAGCCAGCUUCACAACUUGCUGGAGCAGAGCAAAACCAGAACCAAAGAGCUGCAGAAAGAGUAUGAAGAGACACAAGCAGAGCUGGCAGGCCUAAAAGAGAGGUGUGAGCAGGUAGAGCAUGAGAAGGAGUCUAUCUGCCUGGAACUGCAGCAGUGCCAAGCUAGCCUGAAGUCUAUGCAGGAGAAAAGUAACCAACUGUCUUUAUUGCCGCCCAUCCUAGCAGUAGUCAUCGGCCUUGUCCUGGCUUUGCUGUAUUGGUGUUUCGGCCCAUUGUGGUAGAAAGGAACGAUGGAUCAGGUGGAUGCCUGUCGCCGCUGUAACAGUUGCUGUCACAGUCUAUAUGCUUACAAAGACUUCAACCUGAGUAUCUGGCACUAUAAAGCACUAAACAUCUUUUUUUUGCGCACAUUUGCAACCAUACAGCCAUAUUGCACUUUUAGUGUAAGAGGGCUUUGUGAGAAAUAAUGCAACUUGUAACUGUAAUAUUAAAUACGGAAGGCCUUAGUUUAUCAUGUAGGGCAUCAGAUCCGUAUCAGCUCCAGCCCCAAGCCACUGCAGUGUUCCUGUAAAGGCAAGGACUUUUAGACUUUAAUGUGUCUAAAUGUUAGUUUUCAUCCUGCAAAAUGUAGUUAUUUUGCCCAACAUUUGUAAUCACAUUUGCCUUACUCAGUUCAUAUUAGCCCAUUUACUGAUUUCACAAUCUUCAUCUGCUAUUAAAAAUAAUCUUUCAAUAAUUCUUUUAAUAAUUCGCCAUAGUGAAAGCAAUAAUACAAUUCAAACAUUUACUCACAUUUGAAGUCCUGCGCAAUAUUGCUGCUUUGUUUUCCGUUUUUUCUUGUACUAAUUUCAUGUUUUGUUUACCUAGUCUCCAGGUCUUACCUUGAUCUUAAUUUAAAAGGCCGAAAAAAGUCUAUGCACUGUCAAUAUUCUAAAGCUUUUUAAGUAUUAAGAGAUUAACAGAUAUUGCACUUAAAGUUAAGAGCACUAAUUCAUCUCAAAGAGACACUCAAAGUAAUUAGUUUACUCGUACAGAUGUUUGCUAAAGGAUAGAGAUUUAAGCGUGCUUGUUGCAAAAAUUAAACAGACAAAUUAAUGCAAAUAAAUGUGUGUUAAUUGAUAA